AUGUCUCAUACUGGGGGGCAGUACAGAAAUAAGCAGCGCUUGUAUCACGAGAAUCAUGGAUCUGAUCGCUACCAGGAGGAGAAAAGAGCGAGGAAGCCUUACCCAUGCAACGGAAGAUCAGGAGAAGACAUCCAGGGUGGCCAGCAUGCAAGGGCUUCCACCGCUUCCUCUGACCCUUACCAUAAAGCCUCGGGAGCAGCGCCGGUGUAUUUUGACCCACCGCCUCAAUGUUACCCUUCCAAAGAGACCUUCUCGAUGAAGUGUUCAAAGGUAUGCACAACAAGAGGCAUCUUGAAGUUCGUGGAAAUCACCGUUAACCUGCUGGUGCUGGUCUGCGUGGGCGCUGCCCAAGCCUCUGUCGCAGGCUUCACAUCCAUCGGGGGCUUGGGCCUUGGCUCCUUCAACCUGAACUCAGCCUACAGCCCCUUUGAGGGGACCGAGCUGCAGGAGGUCAGAGAGCUGGACAUGCAGUUCACACAGAUGAGAGCCCCAUGCGUGUACGGUGGCGUUGCCUUCAGCUUAACCACUGCCUCCCUCACCCUCCUCUUCCUUGUUGCGGGGGCAAAGCCCAUCGAGCGCCUCACGGUGGGGCUGCUCGACGAGUGUGCGGUCACCCUGCUGGCGGGCGCUGGGUAUGUGGCGGCAGUCGGCCUCUACUUGCACUUCAUCAUGCAGGUGAACUCCACGGAGGUGUGCCAGCGGCGCGAGCGGCUGUACGCGCGCCGGGGCUACACCUCCAUGAGCUGCACUGUGCAGGGCGGCGAUGCGGCCGUCGCCCUCUUUGGGGUCGCGGCCCCCUGCCUCUACUGCGCCAGCUUGGUGCUGUGCGUGCUCGCCCUCCGCGCUGUCCGCGCCUUCCGGAACCGCCCCGGCGAGGCCUGGGGCCACCCCCAGAGCGGCCUCCGAGAGCACCCCACAGGCCGCAGGAGCCCUGAGGGGGGCCACAGCCUCCAUGCUCUGGCCACCUUAGUGUAA